UAUAGCUCCUGCUAUUGUUCUGUAAAUAGCUAGGUAGCAGGCGGGCUUUAACUAUGCGGGGAAGCUGUUUUAGAGCCGAAUCACCCUCAGCAUCCUCACGUCUCACUACAUCAGCCAGCCAAUAUAUCAAAAAUGUAACUGCACAGGAAGAAAGCCCCCUGUGCUGAAACCUCCCUUCCCGACGAUGACCACCAAUCGGAGGGACAACAAUGUGGAUGAACGGGCAGCUAAAUUGGAAAUCCCGGACAUGCGGUGACCCAGAGAAGGAUUAGCCGCUUGUUCUUUAUAAACAGUCGCUUGCGCCCUCUUCGACGGACUCCAAUCUUAGUGGUUACUGAGACACUGCAUUGUGAAUGGAUGGAAGUCGCCGUGAUCGGUUUUGCGCAACUGUUUCAAAGGCUCGCUGUCAUUUCCUCGGCCAUAGCCUUUUCUACAUAAAUAGUACAAUAGCAAGCCAUCGAAGUCAGAAUAGCGACACACGACAAUUUUUAGCCUCGAAUUUGUAUCGUCCAUCAUUCAGCAUGGGGAGCAGUAUCCCAUCUUGCAUUCCUGGCGAUGUCAGCUCUGCUAUCUCAAAGCAUCUCCAGAACCGCCAGGAGCUGAUAUUGCAGGAAAGAGGAAGCCGCAGCGGUUAGCUACUACACAUUUGCCCAAAAUCCAUAUAUGCCGAUUUUCGCCGCUCCCUAUCACCAACAGCCCAAAAGGCCUGCGACAUCGUUCAGCGCAUCCGGCGAGAAGAACAGAACGCGACCUGGCGCCAAGCACAGUAUGAUAAGGACGAUGAAGAAUUGUAUCCCGGGAUGAUGUUCAUAUUGGCAAAGGCGCGCAUGGAGUCAACGAAGCUCUGGAAAAUCGCCUGCAGGAUGCCCAAAGGUGCCCUUCUUCAUUGCCACAUGGGAGCUAUGGUGGAUCUGGGCUGGCUCUACGAGAAAACGCUAGCAACACCUGGCAUGCAUUUUUAUUCACCACUGCCACUGGAUACUGAGAGUAAUCGUAGCAAGGCCGCGGUGCAGUUUACUUACUCGAAGGCUGCACCGAAAGAGACUGCAUCAGUCUGGACAUCCGGAUACCAGCCUGGUACGUUGAUCGAAGCCAAUGUUGCUGCGGAUAGUUUCCCAGAUGGCGGCCGGGAGGGAUUUAUCUCAUGGCUUAAAGAUCGGACGUCGAUUAUCGCGAAGGAGUCCAUCGAGCAUCAUCUUGGGGUUGAUGCUAUCUGGAGGAAGUUUACGUCUGCGUUUAUUAUUUUGGGUUCGAUUAUAUAUUACGAGCCCAUUCUACGUGCUUUUAUACAGAAGUUACUCGAGACGAUCGCGAACGAUGGGGUGCAGUGGGUGGAGUUGAGAGAUGCGUUUGUAGACCCAUACCGACGCGAGAAUGAGGAUGUUCCUUCUGGAGAUUUCAACGAGAUGGUGCGUGCCAUCGGCGAGGAGAUCGAGAAGUUCAAGGCGACGAAGCGGGGUGAGAACUUUUGGGGAGGCCGCAUUAUCUGGACUGCACUGCGGCAGAUGGGCACGGAGAAUAUUAUUAAAAACAUGCAAAACUGCAUUCGUGCCAAAAAGGCACACCCGCAUUUAAUCGCCGGCUUCGACCUCGUCGGCCAAGAAGACAUGGGACGCACGCUCAAAGACCUGACCCCGGAGUUACUAUGGUUCCGACAAAGAUGCGUCGAAGAAAAGUUGGAGAUCCCCUUCUUUUUCCAUGCAGGCGAGUGUCUGGGCGACGGUGAUAGCACAGAUGACAAUCUCUAUGAUGCCAUCCUGCUUGGGACCAGGCGCAUCGGGCACGGCUUCUCACUAUACAAACACCCCGUUUUGAUCGACAUGGUCAAGGAGAAGAAAAUACUCAUCGAAUCAUGCCCGAUCUCAAAUGAAGUGCUGAGAUUGACGGCAACGGUCCUGGCUCACCCGCUUCCCGCGCUGCUGGCUCGGGGUGUCCCGGCGUCACUCAGCAACGAUGACCCUGCCCUCCUGGGCCAGGGUACGUCGGGCAUGUCUCAUGACUUUUGGUCAGCGCUGCAAGGGUGGGAGAACCUCGGCCUGGCUGGGCUGGGAUCGCUGGCAGAGAAUAGUGUUCGCUGGGGCAUAUAUGAAGAUCAGACUGAGGAAGAGUGGCUGCGGGAUAUUGAGCGUGGUGCCGAUGGGAGUGGGAUCCGUGCCGAAAAGAUGAAAUGUUGGCAAAAGUCGUGGGAGAGAUUUUGCCAAUGGAUUGUGGAUGAAUAUGGGGAUUAGCUGAUCGCUCCGCGGUUGAUUGUUUUGUUAUUGUUGUUAAUUGUUUGCUCAUCUCUUAUGAAUUCGCGAACCAGUUCAGAUACCACCUAGAUUAGAGUUAACCCCUCUAGGGAGCUUUCAACGUUUGAUCUUAGCUAUACAGCCAUCCACUGUGCCAUAUUGGACAUCAUCACUCCUUCAAUAUAUAAAUCUCCACGUCCAAUGCCCGUCCUUUUGUCCUUUCCGUCUCACACGCCGCUCUAUAUUAAAUUUGCUGAAUCAAAUGUCGAAACUGGAAAAUAGUUCUCCGAAUACAAGCGAUAGAGAAAUUUAUUACCUGAGAAAUAUAUGAACCCGCA